GUCAGUGGAGUAGCCCAGUGAUAGCGACAAACAGGGAAAGCCCUCAGACUGGAAGUACAGUGUCUCCGGUGAAGACCGCCGCUCCGCAGUCUGCUGGCUCCACGUUGAGGGCUGCGCCUCUAAACGAACUGAAAAACUCUUCAAGACAGCAAGACAAAGCUGUAGCAUUGAUUUGUUUGUAGGGGGGGACAUGGCUGAUGUGAGUUCAAACGAGUCGUCCACCAUGGACGUGGCGAAUAGGUUUGCUCGCAAAGGUGCUUUGAGGCAAAAAAACGUCCACGAGGUCAAGAACCACAAAUUCAUAGCCAGGUUCUUCAAGCAGCCGACUUUCUGCAGCCACUGCACCGACUUCAUCUGGGGGUUUGGAAAACAAGGAUUCCAGUGCCAAGUUUGCUGUUUUGUGGUCCACAAGAGGUGCCAUGAAUUAGUCACAUUCUGCUGCCCAGGGGCAGAUAAGGGGCCCGACACAGACGAUCCCAGAACAAAGCACAAGUUUAAGAUCCAUACCUAUGGGAGCCCCACUUUCUGUGACCACUGUGGCUCUCUGCUGUAUGGCCUCAUCCACCAGGGCAUGAAGUGCGAGUCCUGCGAUAUGAAUGUCCAUAAUCAGUGUGUCAUGAACGUGCCCAGCAUGUGUGGAACCGAUCACACUGAAAGGAGGGGGCGUCUUUUCCUCAAGUGUGAGGUCACUGCCGAUAAGCUGCAGGUCACAGUGGGUGAAGGCAAAAACCUGAUCCCCAUGGACCCCAAUGGCCUGUCUGAUCCGUAUGUCAAGCUCAAGCUUGUACCAGACCCCAAAAAUGAGACCAAGCAGAAGACCAAAACCAUCCGCUCCAACCUCAACCCGAAAUGGAACGAGUCCUUUAAUUUCAAGCUGAAGCCUACAGAUAAGGACCGCAGGCUGUCAGUGGAGGUGUGGGACUGGGACCGGACCACUAGGAAUGACUUCAUGGGGGCCCUUUCCUUCGGUGUAUCAGAGCUCAUUAAGGCUCCAGUCUGUGGCUGGUAUAAGUUAUUGUGCCAAGAGGAGGGGGAGUACUACAAUGUUCCUAUCUCAGAGGAGGAUGAUGGGAAUGAGGAACUCAGGCAGAAAUUUGAGAAAGCCAAGCUAGGCCCAGGUAAGAAGGUGAUUACCGAGACAGACGACAGCCAAUCCAGCCAGCUGCCUUACAACAGCUUGGACCACGUCAAACUCAGCGACUUCUCCUUCCUGGCUGUGCUGGGGAAAGGGAGCUUCGGCAAGGUCAUGCUGGCAGAGAUGAAGGCCACUGAAGAGCUGUUUGCAAUAAAGAUCCUGAAGAAGGAUGUGGUGAUCCAAGAUGAUGAUGUGGAAUGUACCAUGGUGGAGAAGAGAGUCCUGGCCCAACAGGACAAGCCGCCCUUCCUCACACACCUCCACUCGUGCUUCCAGACUGUGGACCGUCUGUACUUUGUUAUGGAGUAUGUGAAUGGGGGAGACCUCAUGUACCAUAUCCAACAAGUGGGCAAGUUCAAGGAACCUCAGGCAGUGUUCUAUGCAGCAGAGAUCGCUGUAGGUCUCUUCUUCCUGCACAUUAAAGGAGUCAUCUACAGGGAUCUGAAGUUGGACAAUGUGAUGCUGGACUCCGAGGGACACAUUAAGAUUGCUGACUUUGGCAUGUGUAAAGAGAACAUGGCAGAAGGAGUGACCACACGCACCUUCUGUGGCACUCCAGACUACAUAGCCCCAGAGAUCAUUGCAUAUCAGCCAUAUGGACGCUCUGUAGACUGGUGGGCAUAUGGAGUUCUGCUUUACGAAAUGCUGGCAGGACAGCCUCCAUUUGAUGGUGAGGAUGAAGAUGAGUUGUUCCAGUCCAUUAUGGAGCACAACGUGUCCUACCCCAAGUCCAUGUCCAAAGAAGCCGUCUCCAUCUGCAAAGGGCUGAUGACCAAACACCCGUCCAAGCGUCUGGGCUGCAGCCCAGAGGGAGAGAGGGACAUCAGAGAACAUGCCUUCUUCAGACGCAUCGAUUGGGAACGCCUUGCGAACAGGGAGAUACAGCCACCCUUCAAGCCCAAAGUGUGUGGCAAAGGAGCAGAGAACUUUGACAAGUUCUUCACACGCACCCAGCCCCAGCUCACACCGCCAGAUGAGCUGGUUAUCGCCAACAUCGACCAGGCCGAGUUUGCAGGGUUCUCUUUCAUCAACACACAGUUUGUAAACCCGGCGGUCAGUAACAGCAUAUGAAAAGGAUUGGAAAACGUCCCUGAAGAACCUCACUGCCACUAACUUAAAGCAACCGCCAACCUAACAUCUGACAACAACUUGAUCAAGGCCUCACUAUAAACCUUUAGGUAUUGGUUUUAGUCAUAAGCAGCAUUCAGGGCAUGCGUUUUUGUUCUGUACAAUAUAUUUGCCAGUAUAGAUUACAUUUGAUUGGCUAUCGGCCAUCACAAGAAAUAAUUUUCUUUAGUCUAAUGAUAAGCAUGUACUAUAGACAAGGAUGUUCUUUCUAUACUUCUGUAAUUUGUAUUGAUGGUUUACCAUAACUAGAAGACAUUUAGAGAAUAAAUGAAUCCAUGGCUUUAUAUGAUAUGAGCAAGAGGAUAUUAAAGGAGCAUUCAGCUAGGAGAGCAUUUAA